ACCAAAGACCAUGGCUCAACUGGUAUGGGGGUUGCUCUUCCUGGGCCUCAUGGCCAUGGCUCAUGGGCUUCGGAAGGGUGAUGAUCUGCUUGAUGUCUGCAUGGAUGGUAAGCACCACAAGUACAAGCCUAGUAAAGAAGAUUAUCUUCAUCAGCAGUGUAGCCCAUGGAAAAAAAGAGCCUGCUGCACAGCAAACACCAGUAUUGCAGCUCAUGAGGAUGGUUCCCACUUGUAUCGGUUCAACUUUGACCACUGUGGGAAGAUGACUCCAGCCUGCAGACGCCACUUUGUCCAGGACCUGUGUCUCUAUGAGUGUUCCCCAAAUCUGGGACCCUGGAUCCAGCCUGUAAAUUCCAGCUGGAGGAAGGAACGCAUCUUGAAUGUCCCCCUUUGCAAAGAGGAUUGUAACCAGUGGUGGGAGGAUUGUAAAACUUCCUAUACCUGCAAAGAGAACUGGCACAAAGGAUGGGAUUGGAGUUCAGGGGUUAAUGAGUGCCCAGUUAAGGCUGCUUGCCAUCCUUUCCACUUUUACUUCCCAACACCAGCCUCCCUCUGUGAGAAAAUUUGGACUCGUUCUUAUAAUGUAUCCUCUUAUGGCCGAGGCAGUGGCAAAUGUAUCCAGAUGUGGUUUGAC